AUGGUUAUCAAACUCUACGGCGCAGUAAAUUCUACCUGCACGAAGCGCGUUGCCAUCGUCUUGCACGAGAAGAAAGUUCCUUUCGAGUUCCACAGCAUCGACUUUUCGAAAGCCGAAAACAAAUCACCUGAAUAUCUCAAAAAACAGCCGUUUGGCCAGAUCCCCUACAUUGAUGACGACGGGUUUAUCUUGUAUGAGAGUCGGGCUAUCUCCAGAUACAUUGCAGAGAAAUAUGCCAAUCAAGGUACACCGGGCCUAAUCCCUACCGAGCUCAAAGCCAAGGCCAUCUUUGAGCAAGCCGCUUCGGUCGAGAAGGACAAUUUUGAUACAUUCGCGGCAAAGGCGGUUUACGAAAAUACGUUCAAACCCUUUUACGGGCUCACACCCAAUAAAGCUGUGUUCGACGAGUUAAUUGCUACGCUGGACAAGAAGCUUGACGUUUAUGACCAGAUCCUGAGCAAGCAGAAGUACGUCGCUGGCGAGGAGAUCACUUUAGCUGAUCUAUUCCACAUCCCUUACGGAGCCAUUCUGCCUGCCGCGGGCAGCAAUGUUAUUGAAAACAAGCCAAACGUUGAUCGAUGGUUCAAAGACAUUACUUCUCGCCCCUCUUUCCUCGCCGUGAAGGACGGUGUCAAGUCCUCUUCUUGAUGGUCCGGUAUAAAUAAUAAGAACCACACACUUGUACUUAGCGCACAACGAGUCUGAAUAUCUCACUAACGUCCGUUU